GGGAACGGGUCGCUGACAAGACUGAAGUUGCUCCACGGCAUAAGGACACUGAUGCUGGAGCUGACGUGAAGAUAAUACUCAAAUCAGAAACUUGAUGUGAGAGGAAGAGUAAAGCAGAAUUUAAAAGCGGUUGUUAGCAAGUGACGCCUAGCACUCCAUUCAAAGAACAGAGUUCCUCUCGGUAAAACAAGCGAGCGCUAGGCUAGCGGAGCGCAGCCUCCGACUUCGGAUUGUUAGGCCUGGUGAUGUCUCACUUUCGUGAUGGUGCGAAAAUGAUGCGCGUUCACUGGCGACUGCUCCCUGAGUUUUGAUCUGGGGUGGCGGAGGCCAGCAGCUCAUCCGCUGUGCUGUGCUGUGCUGUGUUCCACGGUGGGUUGAGUAUAUUAAGUUCAUUUUUGAGUAGGGUGUUCUCAAUUUAUGGCGCGGCUAUUGGGACACAGUCCCCCCAUAAGUCCAGGAAUAGCCGCGUGGCCAAAGCUUCAGAAAAAGUAGUGGGAGCAGCUUGUCCUUGUCCUUGUCGCUGCGUUUCCUCUGCUGAGCCAGUCCGUGAGCAGGCAGCGGCGUGUUUAUCAGUGAGGAGACAGCCACAGACGUGGAGUGAAGCCACAGGUCACGCAGGAGAUGCGGCGCUGAGCCUGUGCGAGGCAGUGCUUCCCAGAGGCCAUGCUGUUCCGUGCUGGCCCGUUUCUGUGUCAUCCUCCCAGGGGCUUCCUAGAAGCAUUUCACCGAAGUUCAAGAUCGACCGAACAGUUUGUGCUGAUGGGGCACAGCAGUGUGCGUUCCCUCCCGUGCUGGACCGUUCUGUAAGAGAACCAGAAAAACGAAGUCUAUUUUAGUGGGAGUCUCAGUUCUGUAAUAAGCGGUGGGAGCAAAGGUCUGCGUUUUCAUUGCAACUAAUCUAAGAACAAGUGCAGAGUGACGUUCUGUGCUUUUAGCGUCCCUUGUCAGAUGACAGAAAUUACACGAACGGGCCCGGGACCCAGCCCUCAUGCCCGCAGCACGGUCCUAGGGCUGGGCAGGGGUGGGUGGUAAACAGGAACCAACCUUACGUGGGUCAGCUGUGUCAUGAUGAUUGGUUUCCCUGUUGAACCCUCAGAUGACGAGAACUUCCUGUUUUCGAACCAAAAGCCAGUGUCACGUUUACUGCUGAUCGCCAGCAGAGUGCCCAGGGAAGUCCAGAGAAACAGAAGGGUGCUCACCAUUGCCACAGUUUAAUUUUGCUCAGGAAGAUUGCUAGCGCAGUAAGAAGGAAGGAAGCAAGAGCUGUAUUGCUCAAAAGAAGGCAGAAGGGUUUGUCAGAGCUGAAACAGAUCUUCCAGAAAGCCGAGGAAUAGCUGGAGGGUUCAGUUGGCUGAUUGUGACCUCAGUACCCAAGAACGGACAGCUGGCUCGCGCAGAGAGAGACGCACUAGAGAAUUACUGCUGGAAGGGAGCGGCCUGUUGAUAAUGAGUGACUGGAGAGAUGUCAGCAGCGCUGGCCAGAGCCAGGAGCCGUGAAUGCUGUCCAGGUCUCCCACGUGGGUGCAUGAACCCAGUCACUUGAGCGACCACUGCUGCCUCCACGGGCCUGCAUCGGCAAGAAGCUGGACUCAGGAGCCAGAGCUGGGAAUGGAACCCAAGCACUCCGUUGUGGGCUGCAGACAUCUUUGCUGAUUAAAAAAAAAAAAAAUCCCAGAAAGCCUUCAUGAGGAAGGGGCUGCAGCAACAUGAUGGAUUCCGAAGCUCAUGAGAAGCGGCCGCCGAUCCUGGCGGCGUCGAAGCCAGACCGGUCGCCGCACCUGGCUGACGUGGGCGAGCUGAAGCACUACCUGUGCGGCUGCUGCGCGGCCUUCAACAACGUGGCCGUCACCUUCCCCGUCCAGAAGGUCCUCUUCCGGCAGCAGCUGUACGGCAUCAAGACGCGCGACGCCGUGCUGCAGCUGCGCCAGGACGGCCUGCGCAACCUGUACCGCGGCAUCCUGCCGCCGCUGCUGCAGAAGACCACCACGCUGGCGCUCAUGUUCGGCCUCUACGAGGACCUGUCCUGCCUGCUGCACAGGCACGUGCGCGCCCCCGAGUUCGCCACCCGCAGCGUGGCGGCCGUGCUGGCGGGCACCACGGAAGCCGUCUUCACCCCGCUGGAGCGAGUGCAGACGCUGCUGCAGGACCACAGGCAUCACGACAAGUUCACGAACACCUACCAGGCCUUCCGGGCACUCAGGCGCCACGGCCUCGGGGAGUACUACCGGGGCCUGGUGCCCAUCCUCUUCCGGAACGGAUUCAGCAACGUCCUUUUCUUCGGCCUGCGGGGUCCCAUCAAGGAGCACCUGCCGACCGCCACGACCCACAGCGCGCACCUGGUCAAUGACUUCAUCUGCGGGGGUCUGCUGGGCGCCAUGCUGGGCUUCCUGUUUUUCCCCAUCAACGUUGUGAAAACGCGUAUCCAGUCUCAGAUCGGCGGGGAGUUCCAGUCUUUCCCCAAGGUCUUUAAAACCAUCUGGCUGGAGCGGGACAGGAAACUGAUCAACCUCUUCCGGGGCGCCCAUCUGAAUUACCACCGCUCCCUCAUCUCCUGGGGCAUCAUCAACGCCACGUACGAGUUCCUGCUGAAGGUCGUGUGAGGAGGGGCACUGCCAGGCCGGGCUGUUCUCCAGCGAGGAUGCGACCUGGCCGCGUUCCCACUUGGCCCACACAGAUGGGCAUCCAGGCCACCGUGAGUCGUGGACUAACUUUUCCUUAAGCAUCGGCAGAAAGAGAAAAAAGGUUCCACUAGGAAAAUGGCGGGGUUCUGAUUUGUGUAUCACACCCAGGAGCUUCAGGCUGCCGGCCUGGGAAAAGCCGUGCCCCUGGACGGGGCCGCCUGGCCACCGAGCUCGGGCGUCUUCCCCUCGGCAGUCCGUGCGCCUUCUGAAUUGAAGCCCACGUGGCCGUGAGCGGCCAUGGCCCCGGACUUCCUAGCUGACUCUGUAUCUCUGUUUCUGGAUCCCCUGCCCUCCAGGGCAGUGGGAAAGGGUGGUGUCCUCCUGGAACUCGGACGUGCACUUGGCGUGGGGCGGGAGCGCACCUUCGAGGCACAGAUGUUCCAUGAUAAAGUGUUUGUGUUCAGUUCUGAAACAGCGCCUGUUGGGAUCAACUGUCCAUACUGUUUCUAUGGAGAUGGGAGAAUCGAGCAGCUGACACAAGUUACUGUUGUGUUUUCUAGCUUUGUAGAUUUUCUGUUGAAUUCUGAACGUGACCUUGAGCCCUUCUGAAAUAUCCUUAUGUUUGUGUCACUGCCAAAAGUCAGGAGGACUUGAAUUUUGUUAACAGGUGUUCCGUCCUGUUAAGAAAUCGUUACUUGCUUAUAGAUCAAACUCUGUCCACUCGGUCUCUGAAUUCUUGGUGCCAACUUAGCAGAGUUUUGUCUUUUUUUUCUCUUUGAGUAGUAAUUUGUCCUAUAUAAGCUCCUGUUCUCUUAAAACUAUGCUUUUGAGAAAUAAACAAGCACUUCCAUGAAAUUUUAUUUUGGAAGUCUGUGAGUGCCCCACAUUUUUCCCCCUGGUUUCUGACUGCUGAGGGGGACGUGGGCCACAGGCUCCGAAGGCCUCUGCCCCAUCGUCUCUUACUUUACUGCUGGACACGGAGACGAGGACUUUGACAUUUUGACAUCCUGUGUCAUCAAAACAGUGAGAGCAGACAAGCUACAGAAAGACAUCUGGAAGGUUCUGAAUCCUCCUCCCUCACCUCGUGCUCUAUCUGUCAGGGGAAUUAGAAAAUAGUUAAAUAUCCCAGCGAGUACAGCACAGUGACGCACACGCCAGUGGACACACGCCUGCGGGAACAGUGGCUCAGGCACCUCGUGACCCCUCGCCCUCUGUAGAGGAGGCGGCUUCCGGCGUCCGCCGUGACCAGUGUCCCAUCGUCCUGGUGGCCGCCUGUGAACACGUGUGCGUACUGGCUGGAGUAAGAACCCGGUCUCCACUGCCUGUUCCCUCCAAGUUUCUGUGCAAAGCCCAGAAGCGCUGUUGCCCUCCGUGUGCAGUGAGGAGGAGGAGGAAGGUGCACGGCAGCGGGUGCAGGCACCUGUCGGUGCUGCGCUAGAGAAAGCAUUUGCUGUCCAGUCAAGAUGCGAGUGGAAGGGUUUCAGAACAGGACACCAAAUAAAUGCCGGGAGCCUCUUUGGGCCGCUGCAUAGUCAGGGAUCGGGUUUCAGGCAUGAAUGAAGGUGCCGCUGUCCCUGCUAUGUGUGUGACCCUGGGUGCUCAGCGAGGCAGGGUGAGCUCGCCCGGGCCGUAAUCAGGCCCUGGGAAUGCACUCCUGGGGGCUGGCUUUUGUCUUCACACUCCAGGCAGGUGACAGAAUGCCAGUCUGAAGCCCUCUGCUGAAAUACAAGUGAGGGAAGGCUUCUGAGGAAAGCGCUGUCUCAGGUGUGCGGCGCUGGAAGGUAUUUUUCAUGGUUUUAGCUCAUUGCUUUCAUUUGUCACUUUCUACAGCUUUUGAAGACCAAACUGCAGACACAUCGCCGGGGUGGUUCUGGGUUGUCCUGUAGACUUGGAUAAGUUGACAACAGAGUCAACAGAACUUGUAGCCAGCUGCUUCGUCUGCCCUUGAAGUCAAAAUGUGUUGGGCAUAAGGGAUUCUCAGCGCUGGUUCUAGCUUCCGUGCGGACCAGCACGGUCGGAUGACAAAGGCAGACAUGACGGGAGCCAGCUGCACAGCUUUAGCUUGGCCUUUCUGUUCCGUGCGCGUCACAGCUCCUGCGCACAGGACCCUGUCCCCCGUGUCUGUGGCGUGAGACCUCAGGGCCGCCUCGCAGAGUAAACACAGCCUUCACGUGGUGAUCAGUUAGUGCGUCACCUGUUUCCUUCAUGCCUGGCAACACAGAUGAUGUGUUUUUGUCUAAAUAGUCAAUACCCAUCUUAACUUAUGGUUGCUUAUCUAAUCACUCGCCAGCUCCGGCGAAUGUGCAGUAAGAAUGGCGUAUUGUGGCUCUUUCUCAACGCCUGCAGCAAUACUCGCUGUACGGCCCCGCGGUGUGCAAGAGUGGGGAGCAGACGGGCCGUGUGGUGGGGUCCGGGGGGCUGGCUCGGGGCUGCCGAUCCUGUGUGCCCACACUGGCUCAGCUGGACGAAGCGCCCCGGGGUGGGGGUGGGGGGGUGCGGCCUUUGUGUGCAGGUGCCACAGGACUUGGUUUCUUUCUAAUGAAAAUAUUCCUGUUUCCUUAUGUGCAAAUAACUUGCAUACCGAAGACUUGAAGAGGCAUUCUCCCUGGAUUUGAGGAGGACUUUCCAUUUCCAAUCCCGUCUUUUUGCUUGAUGUUAAAUACUCGCUCGCCUCCGUGGCCCCCGCGCGGUGUGUGUGCCUGGGGUCUGCACACGUCUCUCUGACAGUUCAUUAUUAAAAGUGACCACGCACAGAACUACUGGUCUGACAUUUUGAGUCACGUGACCGGAUGAUUGGCAUGAAGUCUGCUGGAUGUUUCAGAGUCGACAGCCCCUUUUUGGGGAAUUGUAAUAAAGUUGUUUUUUUAAGUCCA